AUUGAUACUGCAGGGCUGUGUCCGUUGCCCCCCAAUCCUGGCGCUGCCGUUGAUCAAUUGGUCUACUUUGGAUAAAGUCAUUCCUUGGCAAUGAUCUGAAAGAGGUGGUGUGACAAAUGGCUACAGUGCGAAUCUGCGUCUGCGGAGAUGAAGGCACGGGCAAAUCCAGCCUGAUUACCUCUCUCGUCAAAGGCGUAUUCGUCACCCAUAAGAUCCAGCCUAUCCUACCCCAGAUUACGAUCCCUCCGACGAUCGGAACCCCGGAGAAUGUCACGACGACCACCGUGGUGGAUACCUCUGCCCUGCCUCAGGAACGAAGCAAUCUGGGCCGGGAGAUCCGGAAGGCCAAUGUGAUUCUGCUAGUGUACUCGGACCACUACAGCUAUGAGAGAGUCGCUCUCUUCUGGCUGCCGUAUUUUCGGUCCCUAGGCGUCAAUGUGCCCGUGGUGCUGUGCGCCAACAAAUCCGACCUGGCCGUCGGUCACAGUGAGGCCCAGGUCAUUGAGGAGGAGAUGCUGCCGUUGAUGGCGGAGUUCAAAGAGAUUGACUCGUGUAUUCGCACGAGCGCUCGAGAACAUCGCAACGUGAACGAGGCCUUCUUCCUCUGCCAGAAAGCCGUCACCCAUCCCAUCGCGCCGUUGUUCGACACCAAGGAGUCGUCCUUGAAGCCGGCCGCCAUCGCAGCACUGCAGCGCAUCUUCUAUUUGAACGACAAGGAUCGCGACGGGUACCUUUCGGAUAAAGAGAUCAAGGACUUUCAAAUGAGGUGCUUCGAAAAGGCGUUGAGUGAAGAGGACCUGAUUCACAUCAAGGAUACCAUCCUGAAGACUCACCCGACGUCGGUGACGCCGUCAGGCAUCGAUUGCCCUGGUUUCAUACAACUCAACAGGUUGUACGCGGAGAAGGGACGCCACGAGACCGUUUGGAUCAUCCUGCGCGCGUAUCAAUACACGGACAAUCUCUCCUUACAGGAGAGCUUCCUCCAUCCCAGAUUCGAAGUUCCCCCGUACGCAUCCGCGGAACUGUCGCCGGAGGGAUAUCGCUUCUUUGUGAACCUCUUCCUCCUCUCCGACAAGGACAAUGACGGUGGACUCAAUGAUGCCGAGCUAGCCUCGCUGUUUGCCCCAACACCGGGCCUACCGGCUUCGUGGGCGGACGGUUCUUUCCCAUCGUCUACUGUGCGAAAUGAAGCCGGCCAUGUUACGCUGCAGGGCUGGCUCGCGCAAUGGAGCAUGACCACCUUCCAGUCGCCGAAGGAGACAUUGGAGUAUCUUGCCUACUUGGGGUUUGAAUCAGCCGACCGAAGCAAUCAGUCGACGACAGCCGCAUUAAAAGUGACUCGGCCACGGAAGCGGCGGAGACGUCCCGGGAGGGUUGGUCGCAACGUCGUCCUUGGACACGCUCUGGGUGCGCCUGGGUCUGGGAAGUCGGCCCUCCUCGAUGCCUUUCUCUCGCGUGGCUUCAGCACGACGUAUCACCCCACCAUUCAACCUCGCACUGCAGUCAAUACUGUCGAACUGCCGGGCGGUAAACAGUGCUAUUUGAUCCUGGAUGAGUUGGGCGAACUGGAACCGGCUAUCCUGGAGAACCAAGCGAAAUUGCUGGAUCAAUGCGACGUGAUCGUGUACACUUAUGACUCGUCGGAUCCGGAUUCUUUCGCGUAUAUCCCCGCUCUACGGUCGAAGUAUCCGCAUCUCGAAGAGCUCCCGAGUGUGUUCAUUGCGCUCAAGGCAGAUUUGGACCGGACGACCCAACGAGCCGAGUACCAACCGCACGAAUACACGGCCAUGCUGAACAUGUCCAGUCCACCUCUCCAUGUCAGCGCGACGUGGAGCUCCAUCCAAGAGGUUUUUGUCCACAUUGCAGAAGCGGCCAUGGAACCCAGCACGGCGUUCCCCCGGAGCGAGGAAGACGAUGAAGGCAAAUGGAUGGCUUGGGGGAUUGCCCUGGGGGCUGUGGUCUGCGCCGGGGCCGCGGCGGUGAUGAUCUGGCGCCGAGUCAGCGGCAGCGGGGUUUAGUGUGCGAGUUAUAAUCGAUACCCAUAUUCUUGUAUUUAUAGUAAUAUUUGGCGAUGUUAAAUACAAGCAAUGAUCAUGAUAGGGAUGGUGCGCCUGCU